UCUGAGUCUCUCUGUCGUCUGUCUCUGUGAGAGUGAACAACCGUCCAAAUGGCUCAGCGAGGAGUUCUGCUGGACAAGGACCAGUUCUGUUGUUCUGUCUGUCUGGAUGUACUGAAGGAACCAGUCACCAUCUCCUGUGGACACAAUUACUGUAGAAGCUGUAUUGAGGGCUGCUGGGAUCGGGAAGUUCUGAAAGGGGUUUAUAGCUGUCCUCAGUGCAGACAGACCUUCAAUCGAAGGCCUAAUCUGAAGAAAAAUAACAUGUUGGCAGAGAUGGUGGAGAAACUGAAGAAGACAGGACUCCAGGCUGCUCCCCCUCCUGCUCUGUGCUAUGCUGGACCUGGAGAUGUGGCGUGUGAUUUCUGCACUGGGUCCAGAAAGCAGAAAGCCCUCAUGUCCUGUCUGGUGUGUCUGGCCUCUUACUGUGAGACUCACCUCCAACCUCACUAUGAAUCCCCUGCUUUCAAGAAGCACAAGCUGGUCAAAGCCACCGCACAACUACAGGAGAAGAUCUGCUUUCAUCAUGACAAACUGCUGGAGGUUUACUGUCGUACCGAUCAGCAGUGUAUCUGUCUGCUGUGUACAAUGGAUGAACACAAAGGCCAUGAUACAGUGUCAGCUUCAGCAGAGAGGACUGAGAAACAGAGGCAGCUGGGGAGGAGUCAGCAGACGGUCCAGCAGAGAUUCCAGGAAAGAGAGAAGGAGCUGAAGGAUCUCCAAAAAGCUGUGAAGUCUCUCAAGAUCUCUGCACAGGCAGCAGUGAAGGACAGUGAUCAGAUCUUUACUGAGCUGAUCCGCUCCAUUGAGAGAAGGCGCUCUGAGGUGAAGGAGCUGAUCAGAGCCCAAGAGAAGGCUCAAGUGUGUCAAGCUGAAGGACUCCUGGAGCAAUUGAAGCAGGAGAUAGCUGAGCUGAGGAAGAGAAGUACUGAGCUGGAGCAGCUCUCACACACAGAGGAUCACAUCCAUUUCCUCCAGAGUUAUCAGUCUCUCUCCAGUAUCAGAGCAUCUUCAGACUUACCCAGCAUCGUUGUCCGUCCUCUUCAGAACUUUAGAGAUGUCAGUAAGACUGUGUCUGAACUGAGAGAGAAAGUAGAAGACUUCCUUAAAGGAGAAUGGAACAAGAUCUCCACUACAGUGAAUAUAGUGGAUGUUGUACUGCCUCCAGAGCCCAAGACCAAAGAACCGUUGUUACAAUAUCACUGUCAGCUCACACUGGACCCAAACACAGCAGGAACACGCCUCUCUCUGUCUGAAGGGAACAAAAAGGUGACCUCUGCACGCCAAGUCCAACCAUAUCCUGGUCAUCCAGACAGAUUCACCAACCAGUGGCAGGUUCUGUGUAGAGAGGGUAUGUCUGGACGCUGUUACUGGGAGGUGAAGUGGACUGGUAAUGUUAUUACAGCAGUCUCAUAUAAAGACAUCAGCAGAACAAAGACAAAUAAUAUAUUUGGAGACAAUAACAAGUCCUGGGGUUUACAGUGCUAUAGAGGUGGUUAUUGUUUCAGACACAAUAAUGUUGAGACUAAAAUAUCAGGCCCUCAGUCCUCCAGAGUAGGAGUGUACCUGGAUCACAAGGCAGGUACUCUGUCCUUCUACAGUGUCUCUGACACAAUGACCCUCCUCCACAGAGUCCAGACCACAUUCACUCAGCCACUCUAUCCUGGGUUUUGUCUCUGUGGAACUGCUGAGCUGGUUAAACUGUAGUAGGGUCCACAUAGAUACUAGUCAUGUUGGUGUCGUUUAUAGCUGAGCUGGUUAAACUG